AGAAACAGGUAAGGAGCUGGAGGGGCCACAGGGCUAGACUUCUGCCCCUACCCUGCCCCAGCUCACCCCAUGGCUGGGGAAGGGACCCACGGGCUGCACUGCCUCCACCCCCCGGGGAGGGGGCCUUCAUUUCAGCUGUCUCAUCCCUCCCACUGAACUUGUGCUUCCUCCACAGUUUUCAUGAACACGGCCAUCCCCAUCGCAGCUGUCCUCAUCACCUUCGUGGGCCACGCCAGCUUCUUCAAAGAGGCCGACUUCUCGCCCUCGGUGGCCUUCGCCUCCCUCUCCCUCUUCCACAUCCUGGUCACACCGCUGUUCCUGCUGUCCAGUGUGGUCCGGUCUACAGUCAAAGCUCUAGUCAGCGUGCAAAAACUGAGUGAGUUCCUGUCCAGUGCAGAGAUCCGAGAGGAGCAGUGUGCUCCCCGGGAGCCUGCGCCCCAGGGCCAGGCCAGCAAGUACCAGGCCGUGCCCCUCAAGGUCGUGAACCGAAAGCGUCCUGCCCGGGAGGACGGCCGGGGCCUCACAGGCCCACUGCAGAGGCUGGCCCCCAGUGCAGACGGGAAUGCUGACAAUUGCUGUGUCCAGAUCAUUGGAGGCUUCUUCACAUGGACCCCCGACGGAAUUCCCACACUGUCCAACAUCACCAUCCACAUCCCCCGAGGCCAGCUGACCAUGAUCGUGGGGCAAGUGGGCUGCGGCAAGUCCUCACUUCUUCUCGCCACCCUCGGGGAGAUGCAGAAGAUCUCAGGGGCCGUCUUCUGGAACAGCAGCCUUCCUGACAGCGAGACAGGAGAGGACCCCAGCCCAGAGCGGGAGCCGGCAGCGGAGGCGGACCUCAGGAAGAGAGGCCCCGUGGCCUAUGCUUCUCAGAAACCGUGGCUGCUAAACGCCACCGUGGAGGAGAACAUCACCUUUGAGAGUCCCUUCAACAAACAACGGUACAAGAUGGUCAUCGAAGCCUGCUCCCUGCAGCCGGACAUCGACAUCCUGCCCCAUGGAGACCAGACCCAGAUUGGGGAACGGGGCAUCAACCUGUCUGGUGGUCAGCGCCAGCGAAUCAGCGUGGCCCGAGCCCUCUACCAGCAUACCAACGUCGUCUUCCUGGAUGACCCCUUCUCAGCUCUGGAUGUCCACCUGAGUGACCACCUGAUGCAGGCUGGGAUCCUCGAGCUCCUCAGAGACGAUAAGAGGACAGUGGUCCUAGUGACCCACAAACUACAAUACCUGCCGCACGCAGACUGGAUCAUCGCCAUGAAGGAUGGCACCAUCCAGAGGGAGGGCACGCUCAAGGACUUCCAGAGGUCUGAGUGCCAGCUCUUUGAGCACUGGAAGACCCUCAUGAACCGGCAGGACCAAGAGCUGGAGAAGGAGACCAUCGUGGAGAGAAAAGUCCCAGAGCCACCCCAGGGCCUGCCUCGGGCCAUGUCCUCAAGAGAUGGCUUCCUGCAGGAUGAGGAAGAGGAGGAAGAGGAGGCAGCCGAGAGUGAGGAGGAGGACAACCUGUCUUCGGUGCUGCACCAGCGCGCCAAGAUCCCGUGGAGAGCCUGCGCCAAGUAUUUGUCGUCUGCUGGCAUCCUGCUCUUGUCGCUGCUCGUCUUCUCCCAGCUGCUCAAGCACAUGGUCUUGGUGGCCAUUGACUACUGGCUGGCCAAGUGGACAGACAGCGCCCUGACUCUGAGCCCCAUGGCCAGGAACUGCUCCCUCAGCCAGGAAUGCUCCCUUGACCAGACCGUCUACGCCUUGGUGUUCACGGUGCUCUGCAGCCUGGGCAUCAUGCUCUGCCUGGUCACAUCUGUCACAGUAGAGUGGACGGGGCUGAAGGUGGCCAAGAAGUUGCAAAAAAAAAGAAGUGUCACCAGCCUGCUGAGCCAGCUCAUCCUGGCUCCCAUGAGGUUCUUUGAGACCACGCCCCUCGGAAGCAUCCUGAACAGAUUUUCAUCUGAUUGCAAUACCAUCGACCAGCACAUCCCAUCCACGCUGGAGUGCCUGAGCCGCUCCACCCUGCUCUGCGUCUCGGCCCUGGCCGUCAUCUCGUACGUCACACCCGUGUUCCUCGUGGCCCUCCUUCCCCUGGCCAUCGUGUGCUACUUCAUCCAGAAGUACUUCCGGGUGGCUUCCAGGGACCUGCAGCAGCUGGAUGACACCACCCAGCUCCCGCUGCUCUCGCACUUCGCUGAAACUGUGGAAGGCCUCAUUACCAUCCGGGCCUUCAGGUACGAGGCCCGGUUCCAGCAGAAGCUCCUCGAAUACACAGACUCUAACAACAUCGCCUCCCUCUUCCUCACGGCUGCCAACAGAUGGCUAGAAGUCCGCAUGGAGUACAUUGGUGCAUGUGUGGUCCUCAUCGCGGCCGUGACCUCCAUCUCCAACUCCCUGCACAGGGGGCUCUCUGCCGGCCUGGUGGGCCUGGGCCUCACCUACGCCCUAAUGGUCUCCAACUACCUCAACUGGAUGGUGAGGAACCUGGCGGACAUGGAGAUCCAGCUGGGGGCCGUGAAACGCAUCCACGGGCUCCUGAAAACGGAGGCAGAGAGCUACGAGGGGCUGCUGGCACCCUCGCUGAUCCCCAAGAACUGGCCGGACCAAGGGAAGAUCCAGAUCCAGAACCUGAGUGUGCGCUACGACAGCUCCCUGAAGCCCGUGCUGAAGCACGUCAACGCCCUCAUCUCCCCAGGACAGAAGAUCGGGAUCUGCGGUCGCACCGGCAGUGGGAAGUCCUCCUUCUCUCUCGCCUUCUUCCGCAUGGUGGACAUGUUCGAAGGGCGCAUCAUCAUCGAUGGCAUCGACAUCGCCAAACUGCCGCUGCACACCCUGCGCUCGCGCCUCUCCAUCAUCCUGCAGGACCCUGUCCUCUUCAGCGGCACCAUCCGAUUUAACCUGGACCCAGAGCGGAAGUGCUCCGACAGCACCCUGUGGGAGGCCCUGGAGAUAGCGCAGCUGAAGCUGGUGGUGAAGGCGCUGCCAGGAGGCCUCGAUGCCAUCAUCACAGAAGGCGGGGAGAAUUUCAGCCAGGGCCAGAGGCAGCUGUUCUGCCUGGCGCGGGCCUUUGUGAGGAAGACCAGCAUCUUCAUCAUGGACGAGGCUACGGCUUCCAUUGACAUGGCCACGGAAAACAUCCUCCAGAAGGUGGUGAUGACAGCCUUCGCAGACCGUACCGUGGUCACCAUUGCGCUGCAGGAAGGAUGCCCUCAGCUGCCCCGGCCUUCCCCCACCACCCUGACCAGCCCCCUCCUGCUCCAUUCAGCACCGUGUGCACACCAUCCUGAGUGCAGACCUGGUGAUCGUCCUGAAGCGUGGCGCCAUCCUCGAGUUCGACACGCCAGAGAAGCUGCUCGGCAGGAAGGACAGCGUCUUCGCCUCCUUCGUCCGUGCAGACAAGUGACCUCCCGGAGCCCAAGUGCCAUCCCAUGCCCCAUCCUGGCCCCGCCUCCCACCUGGGUUUUCUAACUGUAAAUCACUUGUAAAUAAAGAGAUUGAUUAUUUCCUA